AUGGUUUUGGGGCAAUUUUUUACGGCCAGACACGAGUGGGAAAACAUCGAUAAAAAUCAAUUACCCAGUGAUAUUCCUGAAGUGGAUGAAGUAGGAGCCACUUCAGCUCCAUUACUAGCAGCAUCAUAUUAUAUUGGAGCUAAAUGUAAACCAUAUAAUGAUGAUUUUAUGUUAUGUAAGGAUGAAAAUAAUGGAGGAUCAUUAGAAUGUUUAAAAGAAGGAAGAAGAGUCACCAGAUGUGCUAUUUCUGUAUUGAAAGAUAUAAAUAAGUACUGCUUUGAUGAAUUCAAAUUACACUAUGAAUGCUUAGAACAAGAAAAUCAUAGAACAGGACAUUGUAGGCCAUCUGAAGGUGUGUUGGGUAAAUGUAUUUUCCAACACUUGAACUUGGAAAAGAAAAUCCCCGGCGUAGAACAACAAAUUCACUUAAAACCAAACCCCAUCUUUACCGGAACUUCUAAGGAUAAGAAGAAAACUGCUGAAUUCUUAAAGGCUAGAGAAUCCAGUACCACCACCGCCUCUGCCCCAGCUAGUGCUCCAGCUUCAAAUUAA